CCGGCCUGGCGCUCGGGCGGCUUGGCGGCAGCUGCUCGGCGCGCGCGGCUCUGACACCGCCGGACCUCGGUGCGGGUCCGAACCCGGGGCGCGUACCCGAGCUUGGCGGGUGCCCGCGCCCGCAGAGCGGGGAUGAGGGCGCCGGCGCUGCUGCCCUUCGGGCUCCUGACCUGCUGCGGCUGGCUGCUCGCUCCCGUGAACAGCAUUCACCCAGAAUGCCGAUUUCAUCUAGAAAUACAGGAGGAAGAAACAAGAUGUGCAGAGCUUCUAGGGCCUCAAACAGAAAAUUACAAAGCCUGCCCUGGAGUCUGGGACAACAUCACAUGCUGGCCCCCAGCAGACGUAGGCGAGACUGUCACAGUGCCCUGUCCAAAAGUGUUCAGCAAUUUCUACAGCAAACCAGGAAACAUAAGCAAGAACUGCACAAGUGACGGGUGGUCGGAGAUGUUUCCAGAUUUCAUAGAUGCGUGUGGCUUCCACGACCCUGAAGAUGAGAGCAAGAUUAUGUUUUAUGUGCUGGUGAAGGCCACGUACACCCUGGGCUACAGCGUCUCUCUGAUUUCCCUUACAACCGGAAGUAUAAUUCUCUGCCUCUUCAGGAGGCUGCACUGUACGCGCAACCACAUCCACCUGAACCUGUUCCUCUCCUUCAUCCUGAGAGCCGUCUCGGUGCUGGUCAAGGAUGAUGUUCUGUACUCCAGCUCCGGCAGGCAGCACUGCCCUGACCAACAGUCCUCCUGGGUUGGCUGCAAGCUGAGUCUGGUGCUCUUCCAGUACUGCGUCAUGUCCAACUUCUACUGGCUGCUGGCUGAGGGGCUGCACCUGCAUGCCCUCCUAGUGGCCAUGUUCCCCAGCCGCUGCUUCACAGCCUACCUCCUGAUCGGAUGGGGUGUCCCCACCAUCUGCACGGGGGCGUGGGCCGCCACCAGACUCUCCUUAGAGGACACGGGUUGCUGGGAUACCAAUGACCACAGCAUUCCCUGGUGGGUUAUACGAACACCAAUUUUAAUUUCUAUUAUAGUCAACUUUGUCCUUUUUGUUAGUAUUAUACGAAUUUUACUGCAGAAGUUGACGUCCCCAGGUGUCGGUGGCAAUGACCAGUCACAGUAUAAGAGGCUGACCAAGUCCACGCUGCUGCUCAUCCCGCUAUUUGGAGUCCACUACGUGGUGUUUGCGGUGUUUCCCAUCGGCAUCUCCUCCACAUACCAGAUCCUGCUCGAAUUGUGCAUCGGAUCAUUUCAGGUGCACGUGGAGGGGCUGCCCCUGCCCGAGGGCUGA